GUUUAUUCGAAGCUUGCUUUUGGCACUAAGGAGUUUUCCGGAUGAACAGUAGACGUGUAAGAUGGAAUGAGGAAAAGCUUCAGGAAAUUGAAUCAAAUAAACCUGUACGGCAGAAAAUAACUGAACCCAAGACGCCAUACCACCCUAUGAUUAAUGACGAUGGGUCUUUAUCUCCUGUUGGAAAAUGUUUCAAUGAUUGUAUCAAUGAUGCUUUGGAUGCAAAGGAAUCAUGCUUUUCUUUGAAGGAUGCGGAUUCACCUAGUAGAAAAACAACUGGGUGCUCAGGUGGCUGGACAUCGUCUGCCGAUGAAGCUGAUGCUAUUGCUAUGGAUAACGAAGAUCGCAGUGGUAAGAGUUUUCAGGAGCAACGAAAAGCACACUAUGAUGAGUAUUUCAAGAUUAAUGAACUAAGACGCAAGUGUUCUUUCCUGGAGGAAGAAGAUGAUGGUGUUGAGGGUGAUUCAUCUUCAUCUAAGACGUUGGCAAAGCACACUUAG